GAACAUUGCAGUUUCCAUUUCCAUCAGAUAAAGAGGGACAAGGAGAGGAAAGGGGAGAGUGGGGUGUGGUAAUCAAUGUUUAAAACCAACAGCCCAUCCCUCUCUUCCUCACUCCCUCUCUCUCUCUUUCUCUGACUGUCCACCUCCUCGCACAACUUCGUCACCAUGUCACAGGUCCAGCAGGGUAUGGCAUUGCUCAUCUCAGCCUUCCACAAGUACUCUGGCAAGGAGGGCGACAAGACGACCCUGAGCAAGGGAGAACUCAAAGAUCUGCUCAACGCUGAGCUUGGAGAGAUCAUGGGGAAAAACACUGACCAGGCAAAGGUUGACAAGAUUUUCAAAGAUCUGGAUGCUAACUCAGAUGGCAGUGUGGAUUUCCAGGAGUACGUCACACUGGUGGCCUGCCUCACCAUGUUGUGCAAUGAGUUCUUCACCAAGAAGUGAAACAGCUCCCCCUGCCCA